CUGCUAUUGUGCCACCGCAGCAACAGCGCCAUCGCCCGUUCGCCCGUCCGCCCAUCCCAUGGCAGCAUCUGCCACCGUAUCGCGCUCCGAUUCACACUCAUCACCUCCCAUGUCCACUAAACCGCGUGCCUGCGACACUUCCACCACUGCUCCGCGCCGGAUCUCAUAGCGGAACGAGCCGGCGGACAAAGAGAUCGUACUACAUUGUUCACGAAGAAGCACAGCAGCGCCUUUCAAAAUGGCGACCCCGGCGACUGGAACUCCGCAGAACGGCCUGCAGCGGAAGUACAAGGGAUGCGCCAAGAUUGGGGAUUACGAGAUGCUGCAGAAGCUGGGAGAGGGAACUUUUGGUGAAGUCCACAAAGCGCGUCAACGAAGCACCGGCAACGUCUUCGCGCUUAAAAAGAUCUUGAUGCACAAUGAGAAGGACGGCUUCCCUAUCACAGCGCUCCGAGAGAUCAAGCUGCUGAAGAUGCUGUCUCACGACAACGUCUUGAAACUGGAAGAGAUGGCAGUCGAGCGACCGAGGGCGGAGGGUCGCAAGAGGGCAAUCUUGUACAUGGUCACCCCAUACAUGGACCACGAUCUGUCAGGUCUGCUCGAUAAUCCGGACGUGAAGUUCCAGGAAGCGCAAAUCAAAUGCUACAUGCUGCAGCUCUUCAAAGGCUUGCGCUACCUGCAUGAUAAUCACAUCCUUCAUCGAGAUAUGAAGGCUGCCAACCUGCUCAUCAACAACCGCGGGCGACUUCAGAUUGCCGACUUUGGUCUUGCAAGACACUACGACGAGCAAGUCCCGCAACGAGGCAAGGGCAACGGCGAGGCCCGUCGAGAAUACACAACGCUAGUCGUUACGCGAUGGUACAGGCCCCCAGAGCUUUUGCUCCAGCUGCGAAGAUACACUCCCGCAAUCGAUAUGUGGGGUGCUGGGUGCGUCUUUGGCGAGAUGUUCAAGCGUAAGCCUAUCCUUGCAGGCCAAAGCGACCUUCACCAAGCGCAAAUUAUAUUCGAGCUUGUUGGCUCUCCGAACGACCAGAGCAUGCCCGGGUGGCAAGAGCUUCCUGGCGCUGAACCAAUUCGCCAGUUUGCGCAAGGCACCAAUACAAUGGCGCAAAGAUUCCGCGAGCUUUCCCCUGUAGGUCUGUCGCUACUAAAAGACCUCAUGAGACUCGACUGGCGGCGGCGCAUCAAUGCAAUCGACGCAAUCGACCACCCUUACUUCAAGGAGUCCCCCAAACCUAUGCGCGAAGAGGAUAUUCCCACAUUCGCCGAUUCACACGAACUUGACCGCCGCAAUGCCCGGGGUCAGAAACAAGCGCUUCCACCAGCGCCUGCAGGAGGAACUGUUGGCGUUGGACCAAACGGAGAAUGGACUGGCUCUGGCCCGCCACCGAACUCCUGGGGUAACGGCGACAGACGGUAUGGUGGGCCUCAGGACCGCGGACCACCGGGCGUUGAUCGUCCACAAAGGGGCUACAACAACCAUGGCCCACGUUAUGAUCACAGGCCACCCCCGCCUCCGCCAGAAGGAGGCCGAAGGCCAAACUGGGGCAACGGCAAUCUUCCCCCUCCUCCAGGAGAGGGUCGACACCCAUUGCCACUCCCGCCGCGCUACGGUCCAGAAGGGGGCGAUCGAAGACGUAACCAGCCACCACCCGGCGACACAUACAUACCCGCCUACCAAGGCGGCGAGCGCGGCGAGCGCCCGCGCGCAUCCCGCGAACCCGACGACCGCCAACAAAGACGCGGAUCGCGCGACUCGGGCAACUCACGUGACGGGCACACCGACGAUCGUCGCCCAUACCACAACGACAGACGGCCCGGCGACACACGAGGCUUCGCGCGAGAUCGCAGAGACGGGCGCACGCGAUCGCGUAGUCCGGAUCGCAGGAACGACCGAGAAGGCCGAGACAACAGAGGAGCACGAAACGAUGAUAUCUACAGGAGACGAUAGGGUCUGUAAUGUUGAGCUAGCAAACAAGAUGUUCCCUUUUCCCUUUACUCUAAUGAGAUUAUGCAGUUGGCGUGGCGUCUGUGGUUUCACAUCAUCAUGGACGCGCGAUACCUUAGAUGCGGCGUUCUUCAGGGCUCGGGGCAUUUGCAUGGCGUUGCUGGGGCUUGGCUGUGCAGCGCAGGGCAGCGUUGGUAUACAUACCUAGGUAGUUGAGCGAAUGCACAUCGUUACUUGCA